UGGCUUUAAAGGCUUUAAUUGAUUCUUAAAAGGAUAAAAUAAAACGAAAACCAAAGAACUGUUUAUAGGAGAAAAGCAAGCUAGUGUAAUUUCUGUAGUAAAUUGUUGAUAGGAUUUGCCUCUGUCAUCCACUAUAUAUAAAUGCUGGUAAAUUUGUCUAUUUUUGCGGUUUAAGUCACUGAUUCAUGUAUUAAAUUUACCUACAGACUGUUGAUUGUUUGACUAUUGAUCUGUUUGGUAAUAUUUUCAGUGUCAGGUUGGGGAAUCCUAACUAAGAACUACUUACAACUUGUUCCUUAAAUCUCAAAUAAUAAUGGCUUUCAGGAAUCCCCCACAAGACAGUCUCAUACGUAACAUAGGGCCUUCUUUAAGGAGGUCAUUAUUCACUUUACAAGUUACAUCGUUACGUCAGAUGGAGUAGCUGGAGUAAUCGCCUGAAGGAGAUCCGCUGCCUUCUCCCUGUUUCAGAGCCAGCAAUUGGACGAACUCUUUCUAAGAAAGAGACGUUAAUCCACAUGCUACAAUAUUUUGACUUUCUCCAGACCCAUAUUCAGCGAUUACAAAGCAACAUCCCUCCUCACUGCCUCCCAGAAUCCAGUGAUAGUGAGUCAGAUUCAGAGAGUGAAGACACAGCUCACUCAGAGUCCAGCACACCUCCACGCAUAUUAAAAGCCAAGCGCAAAUAUAGCUGUGGUCACCCCCGCAAGAAAGACACACCAAACUCAGAACUGUGUGAUGACCAAUAUCAGACUCGUCAUAAAGAAGAUGCUGAUAGUAAUAUAGUAACAGUUACUAAAGGAGAGAGCACGUGUAUAAAGCCUGGAGAUGAAACUCCUGAGGACAACAGCUCGCUUCCAUGUUCAUCUGAUUCCAACUACAGUGUCAGUGCACUUCUGCCAACAGCCUCUUCUUCCACAGCAGGAAGCACAGUGGACCAGGAAUCACCUUGUCAAGGACUUGGAAGUCAGUGCUCCAUCUGUGAUGAAAGGACAGGAAGUGAAGAUGGGAGUCAAGGAAGCAAGGAGCUUGCUUCUCCUUCUUCAGGGUCAUUUAUACUGAAAGACCGGCUGUUUGGAGUUCUUCCUCCACUGGAAAAAAACCAGUUGGAUGAUAGUCCCAGCUUUCCACAGACACCUGUGCUGUCAUUUCUGCCACUGCUGGGAUUUCAAGAAGGCCUGAAUCUCAGUCCCUCUCUUCUCACAUCACCAGCUCGAGGCCUCAGUCCCAUACUGCUGCCUGAGGGACAGGAGGAACUGCAGAUGUUAUUUGAAGAUGUGUGGGUAACUCCUAAACCUGCUGCUCCCAAGAGCGAGGAAGAGGACAAAUGUUCAGAUGACAUCACCAGGACCCCCAAGCACCCCCAUAGGAAAAAAGCCAAUAAAGGACACCUUAAAAGGGCCUCUAGAAAAGGCCAGACCGUUUCAUGCCUGAGCCAGAAGAAGAAAUGUGUGAACGGAUUUAUCAUGUUCUGUCGCCUGAACAGGAAAUUGUAUCUCAGAACCCACCCAGGACUUCCUUCUACUGUAGUGACCAAAGAGCUGGCUAACUUGUGGCACAUCAUACCUAAACAAGAAAGGCGUGUUUACUGCCUGAAGGCCCGACAGUACAGUCUUCAGCACAACCGUAAUGUUCGCUGUGAAUUCCAGGAGGCAGAAGAGGAAAAAGAGGACUGCGUUCCCAGUCCACUGCACAUGUUAAUGGCACACAGAGACCUGUGGCUCACCUCCAGUGAAAAGGCCUGAACAUGUUCUUUAUUCUCUCACUAUGAUUUGCACUUGUCACCAGUAACUUAAAGGUACCUGGUUAGUUUGAUCAGCAAAGAAAUGUUCGGUCCCUGAAAUUUGCUUCAUUCAAUUGUUUAGUUCACAAGUAAUUGAAGCUUACAGCCACCAUUUUAGCACUGUACGUGUUUAUUGUGUCUUAUAAUUAAACAGUAGCAUCAUCUUAACCCAUGUUCAGAUUUGAUGAUGUGGUUUCUUAAAGACAUUUUGAAGAAUUUCUUUAUGCUUUUUAUGCUAUUUUAUGUACAAACUGUGUUACUGAGUCAAACUGUAUUUUAAGGUGAGUGUGUGUUGAUUUAGACAUGAUGCUAAACUGGUAGCUAUAAGCUUCCAAUACACUGAUCUAUAAUCUAUUAUAGGAUUGUGGCUUCUAAACAGAACUAAGGAAGCAAACUCUAAACACCAAACAUAUCAUGAAUAAUCAACCACAUCUGUAUAGGGAAUAUUGUGUACAUUUUAAUUUCUCUACAUGAUGCUGCGGGUUCAAACAGGUCCAGAAUGUAAUAUUAUAAUAGAAUAGAAUAUUGUGGUUAUUUAUACAUUACAGUAAUAUGUACAAAAUAUUUCUGAUUCUCAGUUACUUAUUGUUAAAUAGUUAGUUACCUUUUAGAGUCUGUCUAUUUUUAAAAACAGUUUAGUACAGUAAGUUGUUUGCAAUUUAGGAAAUGGAUAAUAACAGAGAGCUGCAGACUAUUACAAAAGAAGUAGAAGUGCAUGUUUUUAUUUUUUUUAUACACCAUAAAGG